AUGCCGAUCUGCACGAGCUGUACACAUCCUACGCCAUUUUUAUACACCGUGUACCAAUCUGCGCACAAUACCCGCCUAGAACAGUGUACGGCGUGCCAUGCGUUCGCUGACCCAUACGUCGAGCACGAUACAUUGACGCUCUUGCUCGAUCUAAUCUUGCUGAAGAGAGACGUCUAUCGACAUCUUCUCUUCAACAGAGGCCUUGGUGCGCGGAAAGCCGGUCGAGUCGGACUUGUAAACCCUGUCACAGAUGCACAGGAGGCGCAGCAUGGCACAAAUACGUCGACAAAUCAGGCAAACGCUAGCAGGUGGUAUCUGAUUGCGCGACUUGGUGCCGCUCUAAUCACAGUUGACGCAUGUGCGUUGUUGCCCGGUUUGUUCGUCCUCCCCGAUGGCGGCAAUCGCAACUGGGAGCCUGAGGCCAUCAAAUGUUUCGUCAGAAUUCUGUCCGGAUGCGUGGUCGAAACUGUGGCGUUUCACGCUGGCAUCAUGAUUGCAUGCUAUACCAUCCUUACGUUCCUAGCCUGGAACCACCGCAGCAGGCGCAAGACCACCGCCGACGUGCAGGUGUCUGGCAUCCGGCGCGAAUUCAGAUACUCGCAUGUACCUCUGACGCUACUCUAUUCCUCGCUGACGAAGCUCUUUCUCCUUUUCCUCUUGUCCAUCUGGCGCCCCGCGCCUUCGGCGGCGCCUGUGGGUAUCGACGCAACAUCCAUACAUCCGAUUGCCGUAAGCAUCCUCCGUGUUUUCGACGAGGAUCAGCUCGACCGAGAAUGGAUCGUUCGAAAUGUCUUGGGCGGAAUGGCCGCUGGCUUCGGACUGAGAGUGGUCCUAGACUGUCAUCCAUUCUUCACUACUGCCAUAAUUUUGGUGGGCUGGGCCAUCAAGACCGCUGUAGCUGGAUUAGUGAGUGGCUGGGUUGGUUUGAUCACUCAUGGAGACUACGAUACGCCGGGAGAGAUAUGGCUUGCAUACAGCAUACCAUGA